UCCUAGGUGUCGAUCGAGACGCCACAUUAUCUUCCUUACCCAUGGAGAUAGCUGCGCAAAUAGUAGAGUAUUUGGAUGUGAUUAGCCAGGAAAAAGUGAAAAGUGUCUGCCGCACGUGGAGCACGAUACUAAUAGCAUUCGUACCAGCCUACAGUAUUGUGGAUUUGCGCGAACGCCUGGAGACGGUGUACCGCAGUGACGAGAUGUUGCGCGUGGCUGUUCUGCUGCAGCAUGCCUGCUGCGUCGCUAGCAGGGCUGUCCACACGCUGGUGCUGACCGGCUGGACGCCAGGUCGGAACUUGCACGGUGUCGAUGAGAGCAGCGCGGAAAGCGAUAUCGCGGUGCUGUGCAACGUAGUGCAGACACGCUGUGCACCACUGCGUCGCAUUAUCCUGCACCGUUCUGUGGUGGAUUGUGAGUUCAGCGAAUACCGGCCGUACCGGCUGCGCUGCCUGUCACCUCUGCUGCAGCCUGCCGUAUGCCGGCACCUCCUCCUCGUCGACUAUGUCAUGAACAAUACACUGAAAAGCUUUGCCGAUGUCGCAGUCCUUUUUGUCGGCAAGAGCGGAGCCCGCUUCCGCAGUCCCUCGCGGGCGCCUCCCCUGUGCCUUGCAUUGCCCUUUGUGCGGCUUGACAUCUGCGGAAAUGAGGAAGCGGCCUCCACAUACAAUACCAUCCUGCAGGCCAUCACGCUGGCGCUGCCGGCUGCGACACAAUCAGCGGACAUGCGCAGCGCGGUACUGGGCCUGUGCGCUAACUGGAGCUUUCUUCCGCCGGCAGAUCAGGCCUUCUACUGGACUUUUCUCCGUAAACUGUUAGCAUUUACCGAACCGCACAAUACAGAUAAUCCGGCCGCACUGCCAUGGAGCGACGUGGAGUUGACGCCCACAUCGGCGUUGCACUUCAGCCAGCUAACCGUUUUCGCUCUCUAUUGGCUGUAUUGUGUGCCGGCAUCGACCGGCAGCUGACACGGAACAUAAUCUCCAUCCCCGGCCGUCAUUUUGGUUUUUGUUCCCUGGUCGAUCCAUUCUUUCAAGAUUCUAUCGUCUGGCUCGCUAGAGAACCUGGCAUGAUCGCCAUCGCAUGGCAUGUCGGAAAAGUCGUCCAGAAUCCAGAUGGACACCUGACGCAGACACCUAUUACCAAAGAAAUGCUUGUACUUUGCACAAUGGAAAAUGAACAUCGCCUGCUUCGACAGUGGAUGAUAACAACGUUGGCGCGUGCUGAUUGCAAGUAGUUACAUCCACGGCGAAGGGCCGAAGGUCAGAGAAGACGCUACUUGAACGUAGUCGGUUCCUGUUUUAAGUCCGUCAUGUGUCGUCGUGGGAUGAACGAAUUUCAACGAAAACAUUAUUAAGUGUCAUCAUGUGUCAGUUAAUCUCCUAGCAUGUCCUAUGGAAUUGCAAAAAUUUGUUUGAAAUUGAUUGUCGCAUUAUAAUACGGUACUUCCUUUCUGUUCACUCGAUUAGAUUAGGGCUGGUUGUCGUCUGUUUUUUGGACUCCCGCUUAAUUGUUCAAGUUAAACUCAAUCUUCUUGCAAUUUUUGAUGGCCGGACUUUUUGCGCCUCGGUAGUAAUACAAA